CUCAGAACUCCAAUCAUUUUUGUUUCCCGCCAAUGUCGAAAGCAGAUGAUCCUUUCCAAUUUCUUCUCCUGUAAGUUCACAUAUGGUCGUCAACAAACGUUUUCAGUGAAAUCUUGAACGUUAAUCAUGAGCAAAGAAGGCGGAAGCGAAACCACGGAACACUCGAGACAGCAAUCUGGCAGGACACCGCCUACACCAGCACCUCCUCCACGCCCGUGGAGGCCGUAUUCGCAGCGUUUUACAGCUCCUACUCAAGAGAUAUAUCCAAGCCGGCCACCAUUUUGGCCUCCACAGCCACCACCAAUUAUGUCUGCUCAAGCAGCUGUAUACUACAAUCCGAUGUUAAGCCUGUCGCCUUAUCAGGAUUUUCGACAGCCUCACCCGCCAGCUGGUUAUCCUGUCCCUUACGGUGCUAGCUGGUUUCACACUCCAGGAGCACUCCCUCAAUAUGCAGCGGGCGUCCCAUUUACUGACCCUGGUAUUUCUAGCUGGUUUCGCCCUCCAGCAGCACCCUACAUGACGGGUUCCAGCUCGAGAACCCUUGGUACUUUCUGGCCACGCCCUCAAGGAGCCCUCACAGAAUCCACAACGGGUUUGCCAUUGACAGCCCCUGGAACUGGCAUGUUUGACAAUGAAGGUGAAGGAGCGUUCUCAGAUCACGUUGUGGAGGGUGCAUUGAAAUCGAUGGGAAUAGAAGAGUUCAGAAUCACAGACGAUGAUGUUACUAAGCCAGAUGAACCGAGUAGUCCUCUUGCUCUCCCAAAGGAGAAGAGGCUAUCGGCCUUCGCAGAUAUUGCAGGAAGUCCAGAUCCUGAGCAGGAGCCAUUGGCAGAUGCAGAGCUACUGGAACAAGAAGAGGAGGAACUGGUUCGGUUUUCGGCGUCUCAAAAGCAUGGAGAUUCGAGGCUGCUGUCACUCUACGGCAAAAAAGAUGAGCAUCAUCAAGAUCCAACCGAAUGAUAGAAGGUGAGUGAAUCGAACUGUACAUGAAGAGUCUCGUAUACUUGGAAUAGAGACAAGCAGAGAAUAAGCAAAGAGAAUAAUACGAUAGCACUGUUGGAACAAAGGGAUAAAAAGUUGAAUUUAGAAAUCCUACCUAUAACUACAAAUGACAAUUGUUUUUUUUUUUUGGAAUAGGGUAGCUCACACCUGAUCAAAAAGACACCACGAUGAUAAAGAACUAAAAUUAAAUAAUUAUGGAGAUUGAUUAAAAAUUCUUAGAUUUAUCAA